AUGACCCAUACCAUUCAGAAGGCCAACAUCGGUGUUGUGGGCUUGGGCCGCAUGGGCCAACGCCAUGCACUGAACGUCCUUCAAGUUCCCCGCGCGAGGCUCUUCGCUGUCUGUUCACCCGCGCCGCACGAGAUUGGAUGGGCCAAGAAAACCCUUCAGCCUGAGGGCGUGAAGGUAUUUGAUACCUUCGACGCGAUGAUUCGCACUCCUGGACUCGAUGCCGUAGUCAUUGCGUCGCCGACCGAUCUCCAUUUCUCGCAGACAUUGGCUGCCAUGGAGCUCGGAAUCCACGUUCUUUGUGAGAAGCCAGUGACAACAGAUAUUGUCCAGUUAUGUCAGUUGAUGCAAACAGCGGAGUUGAAUCCUCAGACGAAGGUCAUGGUUGGAUUUGUACGACGCUUCGACGAGAACUACCAAGAUGCACUUCGGAAGAUCAAGGAUGGUGCAAUAGGCGAACCCAUUGUUGUGCGAUCGCACGGUGCCGAGAAACUGGACAAAACUGGAUAUUUCAUCGGAUAUGCUCGACAGAGUGGGGGAAUUUUUUUGGAUACCGUCAUUCACGAUAUCGACCUCACCCUGUCGAUCAUUGGCGACGACAUCAAACCCAAAGCACUUUGGGCGACUGGUAUUAUCACCCAUCACCACGAGAUGAAAGAUUUCAAAGACGUUGACAACGCCAUGGGCGUAGUCGAGUUCUGGGGUGGGCGGAUUGCCCAAUACUAUCACUCCCGCACAACCUCUCAUGGAUAUGACAACUGUACUGACAUUUUUGGUAUGACGGGGAAAAUAUCGAUUAACUCCGUGCCACACCACAACAGAGUUCAGGUAUCGAAUGCAGCUGGAAUCCAGCAGGAUGUUACUCCCAGUUGGAUUGACCGGUAUCGAGAAGCCUUCGUGACUGAGUUGAGCCAAUUUAUAAAUGCUAUAUUGGAUAAAACCGAGCUGCCGAUGACGCUCACUGCUGCUCUCACCAGCUUGAAAAUCGCAACUGCCUUGCAGAAAAGUUUGGAAACUGGUGGGAAGAUUGUAUUUAACGAGAACGGUGAUGAAAUUGUUCUCAAAAUGCAAUAG